AUGGGUGCGUUAAACUGGAUCGAGUACACGCUUGGUCGCCUGCUAUACAAUGUUCGUGGCCGUGAUUCUGCACUAUUUACUAACGGGCCGGCUUGCAAAGACAUCGCGCCAACAAUCAGAUUACUUGCACCCGAAUGCGGUGCUACUGGAUCGCAAAUGCUCAAAUACGACACGGGGUUGGGCGGUGACGUCUUUCCCGAGCUAGAAUGGACUGCGCCAGAGGGCGUCAAAGGAUUCGUCCUAGUCGUGCAGAAUCCUGAUAUUCUGCUCCCAUUUGUCGCAACCCAUGGACUUUUCUACGCCAGACCUGGACCCGUCACCUCGAUCAAAGCUGCUGACGUGCAAUACAAGAACGAACAGGGGAGCCAGCAUGAGCUGAUCAGACCAUUCCUUCUCCAUGGUCCCUAUUGCUACUUCUUCCAGAUCGUGGCUCUCAGCGAGCCACUGGAUCCCAGAACACUCGGCAAACGACCUUCUCUAAGCGCCAUCUCGAAGGCAAUCAAUGGCAAAGCUUCGGACCGGGCAUCGUGGAUCGGUACUUGA